CCGUUUUUGUUAUCUCCCCCCCCAAAAAGGGUUAAAAUCCAUUAAAGAGAAAAAAAACAUAAAAACAUCAGCUCAGCGAUAUUUCCGUGCAUACAGAUCUUUGACUUACAAAAUAUUCAAACAAAAAAAAAGCAAAGGAGGCGUAGUCGAAGAGUUUCUUUUGUCGACGAAAAAGGAUUUUCUAAGCUUCAAUUUAUCCAUGGCAGCGCGGAUUAUCUUCUCAGGUGAAUUUGGAUUCUCAGGUUACAUACCGGCAAAGUAAUGAAAAUGUCACUGAGGUAAGGUAAUAAUUUGUUAAAGCAGGGAUAAUAUCACUGAAACUAGGAUGUGCUUUGUGAAAACAGCAAAAGUGUCACUGAGAUCGAGGCACAAUGUGUUGAGUAGCGAGGCUUCACCAAACUUUGUGGAAGCAGGUAUAUUAUUGGCUGUGUUGUUCUAGAGAAAUUUGGUGAUGGAAGUUAGAUUUAGCCGUUUGGGCAAAUUCUUGGAGAAGUUUGGCAGAAGUUGAGAAGGUUUACUGAGAAAGUGCCUUACCAGGGUUAAAACCAGGAGUGGACUGCUUGUGAAUGACAAUACCAAGUAGCAGUGUGACAUGUUAUCGCAUUGCUUUGUUGGAUUCAGAAAAGGGUAUUUAACAAGGGUUUAUUUGUUGCAAGUGGUGGAGAUGAUGUUCUAGUGUGUGAGCAUUUCAUCAUUAUUUAAAGGGGAUAUGCAUAAAGGGUUUUCUUUACUGAUGGUGAAAGCAAGAUAGGAAAAGGGCUCGACCUACUUAUUUCAGGGUUUAUCUGGAAUCGGCAGGAUGGAUCUGGCAAUAGUCGAUUCAGCUAAGGAACCGACUAUUCAGGAUGUGCAGGGAGAAGGAAUCGAGGAUAAAGCAGAAGAUGAGAAUGUUGAAAAGGAAAGAUUGAGGCAAGAAGUUGAUAUAAUGUCUUCCAAGGUGGAGAAGUUGGAGCAGAAAGUGAAUGAGGUGGCUCGGUUACACAUAUUAUCUAGUAAGGACAAGUCCCAACAACCUAGGUCUGAUUUAGCUCCAAGGGACAAAGAGAGGGAGAGAAUUAGUCUCAGCAACAGGAAGCAACAUGAAGCAUCAUGCCGAGAGGCUGCAUGUACAAAGAGAAUGGCAGAGCUAAUGCGCCAGUUUGGCACCAUAUUGCGACAGAUCACAAGUGACAGAUGGGCGUGGCCAUUCGUGACCCCUGUGGAUGUUAAAGGCCUUGGUUUGCAUGAUUACCAUGAGGUUAUAGAAAAACCAAUGGACUUGGGUACAAUAAAGAGACAGAUGGAUGCAAAGGAUGGUACUAGCUACAAUAAUGUUCGUGAUAUUUGUGAAGAUGUGAGGCUGGUAUUUAAAAAUGCAAUGACUUACAAUGAUGAGACGCAUGACGUUUAUGUAAUGGCAAAAACUCUCUCUCAAAAGUUUGAAAAGAAAUGGAAUGCUUUCUUGCCUAAAGUUGUGGAAGAGGAAACAAAGAGAAAGCAAGAAGAAGGAGAUGGAAACUUGAGAGAAAAUUCUGGCAUACAAGUUGCACAGGAGGCUGCUGCUGAGAAAAUUGCCAGUGAGAUAAGCUAUGAGCUAGAUGAACUAAAUGCGCGUCUAGAGGAACUUAGACAAAAGGUGUCUCCAAAAUGCAGGAUGAUGUCUACAGAAGAGAAGCGACAACUUGGUUCUAGUCUUGGCCAAUUACCCCCUGAAGAUCUCACGAAGGCACUUCAAAUAAUUGCUCAGACAAAUCCAAAUUUCAAACCCACAGAGGUAGAGGUGGAGGUUGAUAUUGAUGCUCAGGAUGCUCCAACUUUGUGGCGGUUGCAAUAUUUUGUGAAAGCUGUACUAGGACUCCAAGAAAAAAAUUCCACAGCAAAAGUUCAAGCCAAAACAAAGCGUAAAAGGGAAAUAUGUGAUGCAGUUGAAAAGAAUGUACAAAAACGAAGUCGAAAAGCGCUACCAUGAUUCUCUAAUCAGUAUUAUACUUUUGUAAAGUGGAGGUUGGUUUUGAAUUCAAAAUUUUUGUUGCUUCUGCACUUUGAGGGAAAAUUUGUUUUAAUGCAGUGUGUAUGGUAGCAGGCUAGGAGACCACGGAAUAUCUAAAAUGGAAUGAUCCUAAUCUCUCUAGGAUUACUUUUUUCAACAUAGGUAACACGUUGGUUGAAGAUUAGGGCCCUAGCACACAAAUUUAUUUUUGCUGCAAGAAUACCAGGGUUCAUGAGAUGAGCAGGAUGAUCAUUCUUUCCUAGCCAUUUUUUGUGUUCACUCUAUAAUUUAAUUAAUAUUGAUAGUAACUUUAAUUGAUCUUAUAGAUUAAGUAUUUUUACAUUAAUAUAUGACUGGUUCUCUUUGGCCCCACUUUUAAAUUAA